CCCAGGAUCCUGGAACAGAGUAGCACGGCAAUUUUGGCGGUUUUCUCUUAACACUCCGGGGAAGGGAAAUAUAUCUAUGUAUGAUCGGCCGCGUAUCGGACAGAUACGCUCUCCAGGCCGAGAUUCUACACGGUAAACACACACACACGGCGAACAGCACACAGCAGCCAACAACAGGUUGCCAGGAUUGUGCAAUCCGCAAUCGGCAAUCCGCAGCUGACGACUGCAAUCGACUUUUUCGGCUUGCACAAUAUUUUUGGGUACCGAGAGCUCGAGCUGAGAGCUCGACGGACGAUGCUUUUUGGUCAGUAGUGGGCUUGGCUAAUAGUCGGGUAGCAGUGGCUUUUCCUUGGCUGCAUUUGGCAACUAGUUGGCAAUAUCUGCGGGAUGCACUCGCGAAGAACUCGUCGACUCGGGGCGCUGGCGACGCAUGCGCAGCCCUUGGCCGCCGGCAUUCAUUUUGUUUCACUCCACUCAAGAAGCAUUGGGUGCCCGACUAUCUGGCUAUCUGGUUAUCUGGAAUCUGCAUCCAAAUCGGUAUCGGUAUCGCUUUCGGUUUCUGUAUCUGUAUCUGGGUAUCUGUAGCAAGAGCAGGCACGAGCCGAACCGACGCGAUUGAGGCGAGCUGAGUAAAUAAACGCUGGCCCAGCUUGCCAUCGAGUAUUUAAAGCCCGACUCUCCGAUCUCUCGCAAGUUCGGCCAGAUGUUCCAAGCUCUCGUUCUCUUCGGUUCUCUUAAGACCCGGUUUUCACAUCAUAAUCAUUGUGAUUCCCGCUUGGCCUGAAGGAAAUGCCUUUAUUGCGAGCAAGUACGUCAUGUAAGAAGAUUGGCAGUUACAUGGCCUGAACUCUUGAUCCGAAGUGAUUAAAACUUUAAUCGUAAUGCCAUCGCCUUGUUUGCCGUCACCGAAAGGGAGGACUCCUACCGCUAAUUACACAGUUCAUCGAGAAUCGGCUAUGUCUAUAGCUUUGGUUCGUAACGGGCAGUUAGAGCCAUGCAUGUCUGCUGACCCCAGUUCCAGCUUAACCUGAGAUCAUCGCAGAAAACGCGGCGUCAUUCGGAAAGCAAAUAUUGAUUCCACGAGGCAGGGUUUCCGGGGGAAAGCCACCGCUCGAAAGUCAUUUACAAGGAACUAGAACCUUGAACUUGUUUUUAAACCCUGGUAACAAGUGAGUGGCAGUACAGAAAUAGACAUGAGCUAAAAUUAGCUGGAGUCCUACACAAGAGAAAAUAGUUCGCGGUAAUAAAAUGGGUAACCAAGCGCUCCUUAAGUAAACCUUGGUUACUGCUGGAGAAUUAAGAAUUAUAUAAGUUCAACAUCAAGUAUCAAGUGCUUUUAAUGACAUGGUUGUAUCCCAAUUGGUUCUAUAAAUACUAACUUAAAAGGCUAACAAGGAAAUUAUAUAUAAGUUUUGUUCUUAACACGAUUCAAGUUAUUAAGAAAAUUAUUUUCUACUCGAGAAUUCAUUUAUUUAAACUCAAUUUUGCGUGCAUAAAUCUUAAUUGAUCGCCUGCGCGUGGACGAAACAGUUGUAUCCAUCAAUUAAAAUGUAUAAACUUAGUAUUUACAGAUCACUGAUCCGUCGUCUGACACUUGCGUUAAGCACUCAGGCAUAAGGUAUCCAGCCACGACAUUCAAAUUACAUUUUAAUUGUGGUGGUCAUUAGGAAAUAAUUGCGCUACAUUAGGCUCUUAGUUGGUCAAUUUUUCAAGAAAAACAAAAUGCUGUAAAUGCCUUUCAGCUGCCACUUAGUCCGAUCGCUUAGUUAGAGAUCACGCUAUCCAAGAUGUCAGCGAGGUGAUAUAAUCGGUGUACAGAACAAAACGCAGCAUCGGGUUAACAACUUGCCUCGAUCUGUAUUUAAUGAUAUGAUGGCGUCGCCGAUGACUAACCUCUUAUUAACUUGUGGUCAGCAGAGGCGAUUCCCCCUCGAAUGCGAAAGGAUUCGUGACAUUCUAGGUGGAAACUCCCCAAGGUGAGCCGAAAAGAGAGUUAAUUUUUGGGGCCCUCAAGUGUUCGUUUAUCUCAGAGUUAAGAUAGUUGAAAAGCUCCCACUCUUCGAGGUGUUUUAAGAGAAACCCCGAAGAGAUAAGACAACGAGCUUCACUACGAUUUUGGAUGGAGGGCCAUUUCAGUGACGAUAAAAGUGGCCGCGGAUCAAGUUGGGCCGCAAAACUUUCCACACAGUGUAUAUAGCAAACAGAUUAGGUGACCCACAAGCAACAACAACAACAGACCAAACAGAACUAUGUUUUCACAGAAUUUGCGACUCGGCCGGGGAAUUGUUAAUUACGGAGUUUGCCGCCAGAGCUUGAGAAACUUUGCAGCCGCUGGCGAUAAAAACAAAGGCCCUGAUAAAAGUACCAGCGAAGUGGACGAGCGCCACCCGCUCCAUGGUAUCCGGAUAUUGGACCUAUCGCGCAUAAUAGCCGGUCCCUAUUGCACCAUGGUGCUGGCGGAUCUGGGGGCGGAAGUCAUUAAGGUGGAGCGUCCGCAUUUCGGCGACGAAGCCCGCAAAUGGGGACCACCUUUCCUGGAGAAGAGCAAGGAUGCCGCCUACUUCCUGGCCCCCAAUCGCAACAAGCGGAGUAUUUGCGUUGAUAUCAAGCGGGGCACGGAUCUCCUUUAUCGGCUGGCCAAGAUUAGCGAUGUGCUGGUUGAGAACUAUGUGCCCGGCACCUUGGACCGCUAUGGUUUGGGCUACGAGCAGUUGAAGAAGGUGAAUCCCAAGCUGAUCUAUUGCUCUCUGACGGGCUAUGGCUCCGUGGGUCCGUAUGCCAAGCGACCGGGCUACGAUGUGAUAGCCUCAUCCGUUGGGGGGCUGAUGCACAUCACCGGAGAGCGGGACGGACCACCCAGCAAGGUGGGCGUAGCCGUGACGGACAUGGCCACUGGGCUCUAUGCCCACGGAGCCAUUUUGGCAGCCCUCUAUCAAAGGUCGCGCACUCAGCGUGGCCAGAAGAUCGACGUGGACCUGCUGUCCACCUGCUGCUCCCUGUUGCUCAAUGUGGGCAGUAACUACUUAAAUGCCGGAGUGGAAGCGGGCAGGAUGGGCACAGCUCACUCGAGCAUUGUUCCAUAUCAGAGCUUCAAGACAAAGGACGGCUAUCUCACACUGGGCACCGGAAGUGAUGAACAGUUUUUGGAUCUGUGUCGGCGCUUGAAAGUGGAGCACUUGCCGCGGGACCCGAAGUUCCAAGCUAACAAAGAUCGGGUCAAGCACCGGACGGAGUUGAUUGGAAUCUUGGAGAAAAUGCUUUCCGAAGACACCUCUCGCAACUGGAUGAAGCUCUUUGAAGGCGCCACCUUUCCCGUGGGACCAGUGAACUCCAUUCCCGAGGUUUUCGAGGACGAACACAUCCAGGCAAUUGGCUUGGUCAAGAGCCUGAGGCAUCCCAAAGACGGCACAGUAAAGGUUGUGGGUCCUCCAGUCGUCUUUAGCGAAUCACGCAAUGAUGCCCGGACAGCUCCUCCGGUUUUGGGUCAGCACACGGACGAAGUGCUGGGCGAACUCUUAGGCUGUGGACCAGAGGAACUGGCCAAACUGAAGAAAGAUAAUAUUAUUCAGUAAACUGUGUAGUGCCAGUUCCGCUUUUACGACCAAAUAAAUGAGUGAUAAGCAAGCAUUUAUCUUAAAACCGCA